GAAGAGGGCUGUUUGAUUUUGUCGAAGAAUUGGGCCUGCGGUUGAAGAUUUGAGCUGCAGUAAUUUUUUCUUGUUGAUAAUCGAACGUUGUGGAAUAUUGACGUUGUGGAAAUAAUACCGUUGGGAAAAUUGACGUUGUGGAAAAUAUUACCGUUGGGAAUAUUGACGUUGGGGAAAUAUUAACGUUGUGAAAAUUCUAGCUGUUGAAAAAAUUACUGUUGUAAAAACAUCUAUAAAUUCACAUCUCACUACUCAAAAUAUUUCACACAACUCUCUCAUAAAAAAACUCAAUAUAUCCCUAUCAAAUUACAAAUCUUAUGGAUCCCUCACAAAACUAUUAUUCGCAUCUCCUUACCGGUGAAGGAUCGACCUUAUACUCGCCGUUCUAUACAGAAGUCGGAGAAGAAGGUCAUCCCAUCGAGUUCUCGCAAUCCGCAACACAACAAGUGUCAUCCCAAGAAACACCGACCACAAAGAAGAAGAAGGCUUACACGCGGUCCGAAAAUUGGACUGUCCACGAGGAUAAGCUUCUUGUGUCUGCUUGGCUGAAUACGAGCCAAGACGCCAUCCAAGGUACGGGGCAACACAAAGAUAAGUUUUGGCACAGAGCUAACGACUACUUUAUCCAAUACUCCACCGAUCCAACGAAUCGCACACCAAACCAAAUGAUGCACCGUUGGUCAACGAUUCAACUAUCUGUCAACAAGUUCUGCGGGUGCGUUGCUCAGAUUGAAGGAAGACAAAGAUCUGGUACGGGAAUUAUUGACCAGACUGCAGAAGUAAAAGAAUUAUAUCAAUCCCUUUAUGGUAAGCCAUUCGUGUUUGACCAUUGUUGGGUUGAGUUGCGUCAUCACCAAAAGUGGAGCCAACAAAUGGAAAAUUACAAUAAGAUCCGAUCACAGCCGAGAAGAACCACGAACUCUGAUUCCUCACCAAACAAUUCCAUGCCAGCGACCCCCAUCGAGUUGAACAUUGACUCGGAUGAUGUUAUAGCAAGGCCUGAAGGGAGGAAAGCGGCAAAACUCAAGAGGAAACAAAAUGUGGACAAAUCUGAGUCCGCUAAGUCCAUUAUGGGAGAGGCUUUCGCGUGGAUGAAGCAAACCAACAAAGAAAAAUGGAGCUAA